GGCCAGUGCCAGGGACCUGGAAGGGAGAGGAGGACCCACAGCCAGGCCGAGUACUGCGGGUCUCGCUCUGAGUUGGGUAGGGAGGUCAGAGCCUCCUUCCCCUGACUGGUCCCUCCUCAUUCCAGAGCAGCUAUUUCCAAACCCCACCACCACCCACUGGCGCCGCCAGGGAUCCUAGGGUGAAUUAUUCCAGGAAGUUUCAAUGAGAAAGCUGAAAAACUAAGUCACCCUUGGCCAGCCAACUCCAGUGACGGAAAGUACUGCGCCCACGCUGGUGAGUUGCGGGAUUUCUCUGGGAAGAGGAAGAAAGGGAAGUGAAGACAUUUGGGAACCUGGCAGCCUGGCUCUUUCUUCCUCAUGGCUUCAUCCAGUGGCUCCAGGGAUGUCUGCUCCCGUGUCAUCGAUCACAGCCAGGUCCCUGACUUUGAGGUGGUCACUUGGAUCAAAAUCACCCUCUUCUUGGUGUACCUGGUCAUCUUCGUGGUGGGCAUCUUGGGCAACAGCGUCACCAUCCGGGUUACACAGGUAUUGCAGAAAAAGGGCUAUUUGCAGAAGGAGGUGACAGAUCACAUGGUCAGUUUGGCUUGUUCAGAUAUCUUGGUCUUUUUGAUUGGCAUGCCCAUGGAGUUCUACAGCAUCAUUUGGAACCCCCUGACCACACCCAGCUACCCGCUGUCCUGUAAGAUCCACACGUUCCUCUUUGAGACAUGCAGCUACGCCACGUUGCUGCACGUGCUGACCCUCAGCUUUGAGCGCUACAUUGCCAUUUGCCAUCCCUUCAGGUAUAAAGCCUUGUCUGGACCUUGCCAGGUGAAACUGCUGAUCGGCUUUGUAUGGGUCACCUCGGCCCUGGUGGCGCUGCCCUUGCUCUUUGCCAUGGGUGUCGAGUACCCCCUGGUGUCUGUGCCGACCCGCAGAGGAUUCAACUGCAACCUCUCUCGCACCCGCCACCACGAGCAACCCGAGACCUCCAAUAUGUCCAUCUGCACAAACCUCUCCAGCCGCUGGACUGUUUUCCAGUCCAGCAUCUUUGGGGCCUUCUCAGUUUACUUGGUGGUCCUGGUGUCUGUGGCUUUCAUGUGUUGGAAUAUGAUGAAAGUGCUAAUGAAGAGCAAGCGUGGUACCCUGGCCGGAAGCGGGCCACAGCUGCAGAUGAGGAAGUCAGAGAGUGAGGAAAGCCGGACAGCGAGAAGACAGACCAUCAUAUUCCUGAGACUGAUCGUGGUGACACUGGCCGUGUGCUGGAUGCCAAAUCAGGUGCGGCGGAUCAUGGCUGCAGCCAGACCCAAGGAUGAAUGGACCAAGCCGUACUUCAGGGCCUACAUGAUCCUUCUCCCCUUCUCCAACACCUUCUUCUACCUCAGCUCCGUGGUCAACCCUCUCCUCUACAACGUGUCCUCUCAGCAGUUCCGGAAGGUGUUCUGGCAGGUGCUCUGCUGCCGGCUGACUCUGCAGCACGCCAACCAGGAGAAACGCCUGCGUGCCCACUUCAGCUCCGCCAAGGCCAGCACCAGCUCAGUCCGCAGUCCCCUCAUCUUCCUAGCCUCCCGGCGGAACUCUUCCUCCCGGAGAACUAACAAGGUCUUCUUAAGCACUUUUCAGGCCGAGGCCAGGCCCGGAGAGGCUAAGCCCCAGCCCUUGAGUCCUGAGUCACCACAGACUGACUCAGAGACCAAACCAGCUGAUGCCACCACAGAAAAUGGUUUACAGGAGCAAGAAGUGUGAAUGUCGAGUUCAGAAGCCUUGAGCAGAAACUGGCUCUUCCCUCCCACAAAAGCGAAGUCACCUUCACACAGCAGUCCCCCAAUAGACUGUGACUCCUAUCAGAGACAGAAUGGAAGCUCGAGGCUUUGGGAAGGGCAGACGCAGAUCUCAGUGACUUCUAAGGGCUGAUUCUUCCAGGCUGGCCUUGGCGGUGGCUGCACGGAUUGGGACAGGAAGAUCUGGGCUUUCCUUGCUAUGCUUUUUCUUCAACUACACACGGAAAUUCAGACUGAAUUGCUUCAGAGCUUACAAAGUGUUUGUGCAUGGCAAUCUUGCGUUACUUGAAAGGGAACAAAAGGACCCCUUUGUCUACCCAGAAUAAAAGGACACCCAGAAGAGGCUCAGGGAGGCGAGAGUGCGGGCCAGAGAGAUGAUGCAGCGGGGGUUGGCGUCUCCUUUAGCUUCAGCAGUGUGCCAGGCAGAGGGCUAAGUUGAAGAGCAGGGCGGUGGUGAGGAGCCCUGGCCUGACGGCCCAGGCAGCGCUGCCUCUUUUCUUGGGCCUCGGCCCGUUGCAGAGAGGAGUGUUGCAGCAGCUGAUACACACGGAGUUCAGUUUCCCAGGGGAGCAGAAGGACUGGUACCCAGCCGAGGCGAUGAGACAGGCUGCUGACGAUGCACACGACUUCCGGUACAUGAUCCCUGCAACACAGGCCCAGAGAAGUGGGGUUAGCAUGUGCGGCCCGUAGUCCAGCCGUUAACUUCGAGCCCAGAUCUGAGUGCAUAGUUUUUCCUUAACUCCUCCCACAGAAAGGGUUCUUGUCCCCUGAGCUAGGAGAUGGCUCGGGUGUAAGAACUCUCAGGCUUGCACUAUCCUGGGAGUCCUUUUGGGUGACUACGUGGAGGUCAUACAGAAUCUACGGUGAAUGUGACAGACACCGUUUCGCUUUGGACAAAAUUGUUCUGACAGCUAUUUUAGUUACUGUAUCCAUGAAUAAAGAGCUAUUGAAAUCAAA